UUAUCUUUCUCUUUCUUUGAAAAAAGGCAGUUUUUUCUCACGCUUCCACAGUUUAAACAGAACAUUUAAUCGGUAUUUGUUCUCCGAACUCCAAACUUCCUUGGGGGUUUCACGUCUGGUCUACUCUUCUCGUCUUUGAUAGUCUCGUGAUUACGAACUACCUCCAAUCUUCGUUGUACAUCUUAUCUUUGGAAUCUCAAUAUCCCUUAAGAUUUUCAUAUCUUCAGUCAUAGUAAGGUCGACUCAUUCUACCCAUUCCUCACUUGUGUUCUGUGUUGGGCUGAUUGUAAAUUUAGGUCUCUUAAGAUCAGUUUUCGUGUGCCUCUUGACAACUAUACUGAGUCAUUCUUUCGAAUCUGAUUCGUCAAAAAUUCUAUUACUAAGAAUAAAUCCAUGUCAUUGCUUCCUUGUUUGACGAAUAAUUCGUGGUAAAUUUCAGGAUGUAGGCCUCGGGUGUUAGAAUAAAAAUCGUGGCAAAAGAGGAACUCCAUUGAUUGCUCUUUGCUAAGCUGGAGAUAAUGUAUUGACCUCUUGUUCUUGUAGAUCAAAAAACAUUCUUUAAUCUUGGAGCCGAGAAAGCUAUGCUAUUCACCUGUGGUGGGCGUUGCCCCUGGGUGUCAAUCACUAAUGCAAUUUUCGUUCAUCGUUGGCGUAAUUGAUUGAAGGUUAUGACUCUGUUGAGGGAAAAAAUGUCAAUAGACAUCCGGCAGACGAGAGGCCACUAAAAGCACCCCUGAAACUGAAACAGUUUUGUUUCAUUUGAUAAGCAGGAUUGCAAGCAGGCACAUUUAUCAUUUGGGAAUCUCUAGCUUCGUUUGUACACACAAGCCUUUCCUACUACUGAUGGUGUCCAACACGUUGCUUAACAGCUGUCAAGACAAGAACUCGUUUGUUGACUACAUACGUCAAAAUUGAUUUGUGCGUAUUCUGGUGAAAACUGGGCGAACUCUACUAAACCAGAGAAGUCGAGAAUCGUCCAUCACAGACCAAGAGCGUCUUGGCACUGCAAUCACUAAGUUGAAGAACACUCUGCGAAGGAAUCCAGUCUUGAUUGUGGGCGAGGUUUUCGGCUACCGCAGCUCGACGUGAAAAACAGAACGUUCAUUAGAACCUAUACAAAGUCGUUGAAUAAAGAGACAAAAAGCGCCUGAUAUCAACGAAAACCCAGCAGCCUGUACAAGAUCUUGAUAAAGGUCUGAUAAUCAUGUGAUGUUGUUUUUAAAUCGAUCGCCGCUGAUUUAAUACCGCACAGACAAAAGUCGCAACCUCUAAAUAGCGUACGUAUAGUUUGAAACCAAAGAAAAGGGUUUGUAACACCAACUUUGAUAUUGAACUUGGAAUUGGUCGAGCAAAGCUAAGACGCAGGUGCCCUCUAUUAGGAAGAAAGAGUGUGCGCGCAGUCGAAAACCUCACUUAAAACCAAACCACCUCGUGACUUCUCGUUACCAUGAACAACUYGACGCUUAACUAUACUUUUCAGACCGGAUUCUGCGCCGUAACUUUGGAAUCAGACAAGGAAAAAGCUCUGAAAACCCUAGCGUAUUGUUGCAUGCUGUUAUUAUCUAUAACAGGGAACUGUCUUGUCAUCACUGUAGUCUUCAAGAACCUCAGCAUGCAAACCACUGUUAACUAUCUGAUAGUAAAUAUGGCCGUUUCUGACUUACUCCAGUCAUCAAUCGCUAUACCGAGGAACAUCGUUGAAAUAUACUAUGGAUCGACCCGGUGGUUCAUUGCUGGCAAGGCAGGGGACUUAUUUUGCAAGUGUGUACCGUUCUUUACGGAUAUUUCGACCGCAGUAUCAAUUCUAAGUCUAGUGAUAAUCGCUUUUGAUCGUUUUCUCGGGGUCGUGUUUCCUAUGCGUGCUUCGAUCAUAUCCAAGAGGAUGCACUCCGUCAACAUGGCAUUCACGUGGAUCAUAGCUAUGGGAUUUCAUGCUCCCUAUUUUUUCGCAUUUCACGUCGAAGUCCAUGGCACUUCGCAAUGUUUUUAUUCAUGGGAUCCUUUACCAGCCGAGUCCGCGCGCAUCUAUUUUCUCGUCACCUCAAUCUCGCUCUACUUUUUCCCGUUGGCUUUACUUCUUAUCUUGUACUCGACAAUUCUCGUCAAACUAACUCGCAGAAAAACGCCAGGGAACAGUUCUUUUCGCACUCAACAGCGCAUCUCAAAGCGUAACCGAAGUGUUGUGCGCAUGGUACUCGCAGUGGUGGUGGUGUUUGCACUUUGCUGGUUGCCUAUCAAUACCUAUGUCUACCUGUCGUUCUUUUACUGGACUCCGCAAGAACUAUCCUGCUUCACCAAAUUGUAUUUCUGGGGAAAGUUUGUUGCUUAUUCAAAUACCGCCCUGACGCCGUUCUUAUACUUUCUCUUUAGCCAGAACUAUAGGCAAGGUCUGAAGUACUUAUUCUGUGGACAAGUGGCCACGCUCAAAACUUCCAUCCACACAAGGCCAAGGAACGACUAUGAAGGAGGUCGGGAAAUCUCGUUAUCGGAGUCCAAAUCUAAACCCUGGGCUAAAUAUGGAAGGAAUUUGAAAAGUCCUCACUCUUCUACUCUUAGUGAUAACCAAUAUAAUUGCAUUCCUCGUUUCGCCUUUCGAUAACAAACUUGCAAAAAAAUGUUCUGGUAUAAUAACUGAACAGCUGAAGGUUGGCCUUUGUGAAAACCCGACCCCAUGUUUGCGUGAAUAUUAUGGACUGUAUAUCGCCAAGCACUGUAUAUUUGCCCAUGUAUAUUACUUCACUGAAUAAGCUCCUAAGCUGGUCUCAGAUAUAUUUCGCCUUACAAACCGAGCUUAUUUUUGAAAAGGCAUAAAAGAGACUUAUCGAUCGGCUUACGAUUAGCCAUCUAAAUAACCAUUUAACAAAAAAAGAUUGAGGCUAAAAUUUGUUUAAAGGAGGACAAAGCGGCUAAAUAUAUCACAAUACUCCGCACUUAGAUGAGUUUGAAAACUGUAAACAUGGCGGUGAUAUCUAACUUGUCAGAUUAUAUUAAUCGUUCUGCCGAGACCCAUAUGUCUUCUCAAUCAAUUCUCCAUAACAAAUUGACCUUAAGAAGUUGACGUUGAUUCCCUUUGGACCCAAAAAAUAUCCGUGCUGUAAUGUAAGCGCAAACGGCACAAAACUCUUGGGUUUCGCAUUGUGCAGUUCGUGUUUAUUAUUCUUUAAUUUAUGGCCUCAUUAUCGUUGGAACAAAUCAGCGGUGAGGUUAAGUAGAAGGUGGGGUAUUAGGCCUUUAUUUCCAAGAAACUCUGUUAGAGUCUACGCUACUAGUCGGUCGCUAGAGAAAACCUACAGACACGUAGGCAAUGCCAAACAAAUAAACUUGUGAUGUAUUAACGGUCGUAUAGGGUUUGAUUAUAGAAAGUAUAUACAACAAGAAUGUUUAUGUCUCUUGCUUUUAACCUAGGGCUAACGCACUCUAUUACAAAUUAUAAUGUAACCACAUCCGGUAGCCUUCCAAAUAGCUUUUAUUUUACUCCUCCAAGGCUUUUUCUCAAGAGUUGGCGGUCAAUUCACAAGUGAUAGCGCGUUGGUUUAUCUCUAACAAGUCAGUAACCUUAGCGGGGAAUCUUAGAAAUACAUGGAACUAGUGACGAAAGAAGAGCAAAGAAGAGACAGAGAGACUGAGAAUUUCGAGUGGAGUGCAUGAGUCAUUAUGGAAUGAAGUAAAGUUAAGUGCCAGGAUUUUACUUCAUUCAUUAACAGUUUUUUUUCGCUUAUUAAUUGUUGCUUAGAGCGCGAGAGACAUCAGGAAAUCUAUUCCUCUAACGAAAUUACAACCGAUUACUUUGUUUUCCUCGUUAUUAUUUUCCUUUACUUCUCUUAUCCGCAACGCAAUAUUACUUCGGAGCUUUAGAUAAUUUCUUUCUGAUGAGGAUUUCUAAGCUUGUUUUUCGGCAUCGGCCGACGGUAGACUUCACUGAAUCGCUUGCAGUAUGUCUUUUUGUUCGUUUGCCAAAGUAAAAAAAAAAAAAAAAAAAAAAAAAAAAAAAAAAAAAAAAAAA